CUGAGGUAUGUAUUUAUGAAGUUUUCGCCCUUUUUGUUCUUUGCUACCUAUUAGAUUCAGAAGUAUGGGUCGUCCAGAGUUCAAUCGUGGAGGUGGCGGAGGUAAUUUUUAAAUUUCACAAGUUGCAAUUUUUAUUUCGAUUUUUUAGGAUUCCGAGGAGGUCGCGGUGGAGACAGAGGAGGCGGACGUGGAGGAUUCCGCGGAGGCAGUGAUCGUGGUGGUUUUGGCGGUGGCCGCGGAGGUUUCGGAGGCGGAGACCGUGGUGGUCGCGGAGGAUUCAGAGGAGGAGAUCGUGGAGGUUUCCGUGGCGGUGAUCGGUGAGUUAUUUCAAACAUUUCAAUGAAUUAGUAAUUAUCAAAUUUUUAGCGGUGGUUUCCGUGGAUCCCCAAGAGGAGGAAGAGGGUCACCAAGAGGCCGAGGAGCUCCACGUGGUGGUGGUGGAAUGAGAGGAGGAAGAACUGUUGUCGUUGAACCACAUCGUCUUGAAGGUAAAUUUAUUGUGGUUUUUUAUGCCUGCUUUAUCAUUAAUUUUGCGAUUUGCAGGUGUGUUCAUCGUCAAGGGAAAAGAAGACGCACUUGCCACAAAGAACAUCGUAGUAGGAGAAUCCGUGUACGGAGAGAAACGUGUUUCUGUUGAGGAUAUUGAAUACCGCGUGUGGAAUCCUUUCCGUUCCAAGUUGGCUGCUUCCAUCAUGGGAGGAUUGGAAAACACUCACAUCAAACCAGGAACCAAGCUCUUGUACCUUGGAGCUGCUUCAGGAACCACAGUUUCUCACUGUGCUGAUGUUGUUGGACCAGUGAGUUUUCUACAGAUCACCGAAAUUUUGUGUCUAUCAAUUGUUUUGUAGGAAGGAAUCGUCUACGCUGUUGAGUUCUCUCACAGAAGUGGUCGUGACUUGCUUGGAGUUGCCAAGAAAAGACCAAAUAUUGUUCCAAUUGUCGAAGAUGCCAGACAUCCACACAAAUACCGAAUGCUUGUUGGUAUGGUUGACGUCGUCUUCUCUGAUGUCGCUCAACCAGAUCAAGCUCGUAUCGUUGCUUUGAACGCCCAAAACUUCCUCAAGAAUGGUGGACAUGCCGUUAUUUCCAUCAAGGCCAACUGUAUCGACAGUACAGCUGAGCCAGAGGCUGUUUUCGCCGGUGAGGUAAACAAGUUGAAGGAAGAAAAGUUCAAGCCACUCGAACAAGUUACACUUGAGCCUUAUGAAAGAGACCACGCUGUCGUGGUUGCCGUAUACAGACCAGUGAAGGGAAAGAAGUAG